GUAAAAACCUUUGAGUUGUAGUGUAGGUCUGCGGUAAGAGGGUGGGCUAAUGCAUGUGUGAGUUAUGCGGGUGAGAGAGAGUUUGUGCGUGUUGCAGCAGUGCAGACAGUUCUGGGGGUUAUUUUGAAAGUGACCCCCUCGCUGCCGCGGACCGCUCACAGCUGUCGGGAACCAUGACACAAGAUGACGGAUACGGUUGUCGUAGAGGGACAAGUCAGACUUCGAGAGGGGAAAAAGUGGAAAAACAGAUGGGUGAUUCUUCGGAAACCUUCGCCGGUUGCAGACUGCCUGACCUUGCUGGUGUAUAAGGAGCGUGGAGAGAAGAGUAAAGGACAGCGGGAGAGGAAUCAGGCCACACUGAGGGAUAUCUGUGGACUGGAGGCUCUUCAGGGGUUUGAUGGAGUGAAUUACGCUCUCAGUCUGCUAUGCCUGAGCCAGUCUGUCAUGCUAGGCUUCGACAACAAAGUGUCUCUUCUAGCCUGGGAUGCUCGUAUCCGCUACAGCCUUGGAGAGGUCCACAGGUUUAAUGUCAACGUCCAGCCCGGCACCAAACUAGAAAGUGGCCCUGCCUCGCUGCAUUUGUGCAACAACUUGCUUGUCAUCGCCAGAGACCUGCCUCCAACUGUCCUCGGCCAAUGGAAACUGUCAGACUUGAGACGAUAUGGUGCCGUUCCUAAUGGAUUUGUUUUUGAGGGAGGUACACGAUGCGGCUACUGGGCUGGUGUUUUCUUCCUUGCAUGUGCCGAAGGAGAACAGAUCAGUUUUUUGUUCGAUUGCAUCGUACGUGGCAUAUCGCCAAGCAGGGGGCCGUUUGGACUGCGUCCAGUCCUGCCAGAUCCCAGUGCUAACCCAUCAUCUAUAGAAGACAGGAUUAGCCAGGAGGCAAGUGAGCUAGAGAAACGGCUCAGCAUGCUAUCCAUUUGUAGUCAUCACAGCAGUGCAGCCUCCACUUUCAGUUAUGGCGCCUCCUUGGCAGGAGAUGAUCGGAGCAUCUCCAGCUCCUCCUCCGAGGCCAGUCAUUCUGAUAACAGCCUGGGCAGCCGUCUGGCGAUAUGGUCUGAGCCAGUCAGACACCCCACCCCUGUCGAUCCAAUAUCACCAUCAUCAUCCCUGUUAGGGGUUGCGGGAUCUAAGAGUACAGCUUGUUCUGUCAGUACGUCCAGUGACGAGCGUCUAUACGGAGCAAUGAUGGGAGGGCUCCGUCCUCCAUCCAAGCCUCCUCACCCUAGAGGCCUUCAAGAGGCGGGCCGCCAGAGCUCAACAGACAGCGGUAUUGCCACCGGAAGCCACUCAUCAUAUUCUGGAAGCUUCUCCUCCUACACUGGUAGCAUGGAUAUUGGGCAUGGAGAGACUGAUGAGUUUGGAUCCUUAACAAGCCUCCCUCAAAACCCCAAUUCAAACUCUAUCUCCCUUAUCAACACUCCAGUAAGGACGAUUCCACUAAUUCCUGAGCACAAACCGUGUGUGUGUCCACUCAGAGAGGCUGCUCAAAUGUACCAGGUUCCCACUCCACCUCUGCAGAAUUACGACAUCCCCCGCAGGCUCCUACAACACCAGCCCUCCGGUCAGGAACAGUUUUUGACUGCUGAAAGCCAGGGACAGAGGCCUGAAUAUGGAGCUCUGGGACAUGAAGGCAUUCCUGCAGAUGCCAUCCCCAAACAAACUGUCCCACAGAGAUUGAACUGUGAAGGAGCGCCGCCCCCUGAAGGUGCCACUACACUGCAAUUAAAGCCAGCCAUCUGUCCUGACUGUGGGAGAGGAAAGAUGGAGGAGAGGAGCAGGUGCGAGAUGAGAAGCAGCUCUGAGGAGCAAAAGUCUGACGCUGAUCCAAAAGGCAAUUACGAGCAGAUGGCAUUUAUGACUGAUGCGUCCAGGUGGCCACAGUUCAGAGCUGGAGAAUAUGGAGAGGCAGGACUGACAGGUAUUGACAGAGUUCAAGGUGAUUUCGUUAACUAUGUGAAUAUCCCCAUCAGUCCUACAUCUAAACGGCAGCUGUACUAUAUGGAGCUAGAUCUGCAGGACCGUCCAGAGUCAAGCCACACUGUCAGAGCGGCCGGCUCCAGCACUAAAUACGCCCACAUUGACAUCACUGCGACUGAGACAGCACAGAGGGUGGGAGCCCAGCAUGCACAGGGCCGAGAGGAGAGACUGCAGGAGCUAGAACAGAAGAGGAGAGGAACACUUACCUGAAAAUAUAAUGACGUGGAGUCAAAACGUCUGAGACCACACUGAAAAUAUAGCUUUUUUUUCUCUCUUUUUAUUUGUGCAUUUUAAAUAUGUUAGAUGGAAGAUGAAAAUGUUUUUAAUCUUUAUAUACUUAACAUUUUAAGAUGGUGUCAUAUUUUGUCACUUUCGAGAAUUGUGAGCACAUUUUUGAAGACAAAUAUUAAUGUUCUUGCAUCCAUUUAAGCACAAAACUUGCAUCAUCAGGUUUUACACAAACGUUUGGAUUUAUGUAUCAAAUGCUAUUUGUCAUUUUUAAAACAAAAAAGAGACUGCGCAAGUGUUAAGACAUUCUUCAAUUCAUAUACCAUUUUUUUUCAAGUGGUUAUGAUGAUAAUGUUUGUUAGAGAAAUGCAUAGUCAAACGGUUUUUGGUAGUGGUCUCUCAGACGUUCAGACUCCACUGUAUAUCAGUGGUUCUCAACAUAGGGUCCAAGGUCCACUAUGGGGCCUCAGAAUGACUUAAAUAUACUGUUAGAUAUAUUUAUAUUACCUCUAAAUAAAAAUAGGAAAAUACAUACAACCAAGGUAUAAACUGAAAAAUAUUGGUGGGCAUUUAAAAAUUGGGUUGGACUUUGUUGAGAACUGCUGCUGCACAGUGUAAUGAUAAAGGAAUAGUUCAACCAAAAAUGAAAAAUACCCAAUGAUUUACUCUCCACGAGCCAUCCUAGGAGUAUAUAACUUCCUUCUUUCAGUUAUAUUAAAAAAAAUGACCUGGCUCUUCCAAGCUUUAUAAUAGCAGUGAAUGAAGGUCCAGAUUAUGAGGCCCAAAAAAUGCAUCCAUCUAUUAGAAAAUAUGCUCCACACAUCUCUGGAGGGUUAAUAAAUCCAGAUCUAUGCAGCUGUGUAAGAAUAUUCAUAUCUUAAACCAUAAACAAGGCUUGAGGCUUAAUUUUUGUUUGAACUACCCCUUUAAGCAUAUUGCUGCAAUGUAUAUUAUCUGCUUUAUAUAUGAAUGUAUUAUUUUCCAUGGUUAAAAUACACAUGGAAUCAAAAGGUUAUAAAUCUGAGAGCAGAUCCCAAAUGCAACACCUGUUGACUGUAAAUAUAUACUUUAAUUGGUGACCAAUUUUGUUCUGUACAUUUACACAUUUAAACAUUUCAAAAACUUUUUUUUUUUUCCAAAAUAUUUUCUGAAAUUUCUAUGUUGACUUUAGCAGUAGUAAUAAAAAUGAUACAUCAGU